AUGCAAUGUCAAAACGGGCCGACUGCAGACAAUCCAGGAAACAUUGUGAAAACCAUGUGCACUAUGGCAACGACAAAUAAUUCCAACAUGUUUCACUCCUCGGAGCCGCUCUCUUCAAACCCCACAUCCAAUGCGAGCAAUACAAUGGAUCCGAAUGCCCUCAGUUUUAUGUCCAAGUUGUUUCCCGAUAUGACUUCAACUUUGUAUUCUCAAACCUUGUUGAAAGGAACCAUUCCCAGCCAUGCAAGUCAGACCGAUUUGAACAACCUGACAGAAGACGAAAAAUGCAUCAACCAUUUUCGUCCACUGGGAGGAGAUUCAGUCGUUCCGGCCAGUCUGUUGCCGUUUGGACCGUUCCCUUUUCCAAACGGUAUAAGCAACUUGUCAUUUGUACCCAACCCGAUUGUGUCGGGAGCCGAUUCCAUUCCAAUUUUGUCGGAACCACGUAAUCCCAAUGUGCUAUUGAACACAAACGCGACCUCAAUGGCAAGUGAGGCAGUAAAAACUCACCCCGGAUCACCACAACUAUUCUCCCCAGCAAUGUUGAACAACGAUCUUAGUUUGUCGCAGCUGGAUCAAACCAAUUCAAGUGUACACGGAACAAAGAAGCUUGGCGUGAAUUCGAUGACAGAGAUCGCUAAUCUGUUACAAUUGUCCAACAUGAGCAAUAUGCCGUAUCCGAAUUUCGCUGCGGUAGAUAGUCCGGGCAAAUCGAAGAAUCUGACUUUCCCCGGUACCCAAGGCCAAACACAGACGAUAAAAACGGAUGAGGAUUUUUGUGAAUUGUGUCAGAAACAUUUUUGUAACAAGUACUAUCUACGCAAACACAAAGCUGACGUGCAUGGAAUUCAUACUGAGCCCUAUUCACACAGUCGGCGACGUGAGUCAUUCAAUGCAAACGCACAAAAACACUGCACUACAUCACAAUCCACAGUGCUGGGUCUAGAACGACCUGGAUCACAGAUAAGCACCGGUGUGGGUUCGAAUAAUGCCACCACGAAGGUUAGCGGUUCAAGUAAAACCAACUACUCCAUGGACUCGGAUCAUUUCAGUUCCGAAUCGGGCAACCCAAUGGUCACCAGUUCCGGAUAUACUGAAAAUGGAACCAGUUCCAAUUUAUUGUUUCCCUCCUUGCCAGUCGGAGCUAACCCAAUGGAUUAUGCCAGUGUACUGAAAGAAACAUUCAUGUUGAACGCUCUGCAAUCUAAAAUACCUACCACUGUAAAUCAGAAUCAAAAUACCCCUGGCAUAGUUUCGUCCAACACAUCACCGACUUCGAACUCAUCUGGUCUGCCAGUUCCCAUGAACGGUAUGGAUUCAAUGCUAUCUGCACAUUAUUACAUGAUCGCUCUAAUGUCCUCUCUAUCACCCGGUAUGGCGCACGAAAUCGUAAAUAGUGUAGAAAACACACCACCACAGAUGGAGAGGAAUACCAUGGGUGAAAUGUUUCCGCAUUUGUCUAAUGCGGAAUCGAAUACGGGCAUUCGUGAAGUGCAGUGUGACUUGUGCCAAAAAGUAUUCUGUAAUCCGUACUUCUUACAAGUACACAAAGCGAAUCAACAUAAUUCGACAAAUGAGUCGACACGUGAAGAACCUGACAACUUUGCGGUUGGAGACCUGAAAAGAGAUGAUAAAAAUUCGGCUACUCAGCGUUCCGACGCCGGUAACGACUACGGAAAACUAAGUGAUUUAGACCUACAGACGUACUUUAUCGGCCAGUCUACACGUGUGGGGGGAUCUGUAGAUCGCCAGUCGACGAGUGGGUCAGCUGCACACUCGCUUAACACCACAGUCAAGCCCGAUUCGAAGGUAACAACAACAACAACAACAUCGAUGGCGGUCACAUCAAAUUCCCUGGAUGUAUUCAAGAGUAGCAUGGUCGCUGCCAAAUUGGCCGAUCGUGUUACAUGUGAAUUUUGCAAAAAAGAAUUAUGCAACAAAUACUUUUUGCGCACGCAUAAAAUUCGCGUCCAUGGUGUUUCUCCGAAAGAUGUCGGUGGUCCACCGAUGCGCAACCCUCCAGUGGUAACUUCGGCGACCAAUGCACAGCAUCAACAAUCAUCAAUGAGUUCUGUCUCAGCGCUAGCACAUCACAAUAUUGGAGCAAUGUAUCCCUGCUUUGACCCAUCAACGAACACUCGUCUUUCAUCUGCCCAUACUAUCAUUAGUCCGGGGUCUGUAGGAAACGGUCUGAACAGGACUAGUUCCGGUUCGACUUCAACCGAGGUCUCUUGCCCUACCAAAUCAGAACAGUCUGUUCCGAGUGGAAUGUUUGGUACUCUUCCCGUUGCUCUUCCUCCACCACAUUUGGCCAAUCCACUGUUUGGCUUACCUUACUGGCCAAUGUUCUCACACUCCAUCAGUGAUCAGAAUCUCUCCGGUUCGGUCACGUCAAACACAUCCAGUGCUCCGACCACGACAACUUGCACUGAUUCCGGUCUAUCUGUGACAACUACACCGUCACAACAGACAACUACCGCAUCGGGCGAAGCACAAACGCUUUUACCACUGGGUUUGAACGGACCCGAGAACCUGUCUGCAACUGCAGUCAUUUCAUGUCCAAUUUGUGAACAUACCAUUGGGCCACGUCUAUUUCUCCCGUCCCAUUUGACUACGAUACACGGACUCAAUCCCCUAGAUCCGGCAUUCUUCCUCAACAUGCUUCGAGCCAAAGUCAUCACAGCCGCGUCCAAUGCACACGAGGUGGCGUUUAACGGAACGGAUAAUCCGGUCGAACCCAAGAAAACACAAUCCGAGUUGCCCAACUGUGCGGACUCCACUAUGCCCACACUGGUUCAAGAAGAAAUGACAGACAUAUUUUCAAAAGAAAGCGGUAACAGUCAGACUGGCGUGCCGAAAGGAGUGGUGAUAUCACAGGAAUCGGUCAGAUCCCUUCCGAAUCAUUUCGAUGGCGGACAAAUAUCCCCAGAUCAAUUCAUUCACAGUUCGCCUUGCGACUCAGCGGCUGCAGUUGCAGCAGCCGCAGCGUUUUCCAACUUUCCCAUCAACCCCAUUGAGGCAGUCGUCGCCGCAAUGACUGCUGCAUCCGGUGGCCCGUGGAAUGCAACAGGGCAGCAACAGCAGCAAAUCGGCGCCCAAUCAGGACUGGCACCAAUAUUGUAUCAAGGUCCACCAUCCUCGGUCACCCUGUCUUCAUCUUGUGCAUCACCAAUCGUUGGUAUGACUGGUAUAACCGGUAGCAACGCUGGCGGUGGCGGUGGUAGUGGUGGUGGAAUGAUUCCUUCGGCCACCAGUGGGAUGCCACGCAAAUCUCCAAAUCAGAUGCGUGUUCUGUGUGAUAUAUGCAAUAAAUGGAUUUGUAAUAAAUACUUCUUGCGCACACAUCGUGCAAACAAGCACGGAAUUACUGAUAACAACUUCUCCUCCACACCGUCUAUGGACGGGUAUAAAACAAACCAGUUAAAAAUACCUGGUGUUAGAUCCCAAACGAGUUUCCGUGGCAAGGCUUCCAUCCAGUCAUUAGAUGAUCUACAAGCUAUGCCCAGUCCAGACACAAAUGAGUCAAACUCACAAGGUGCCAACACCAUUCGUUUGAGUGAACGACCGCGGAGUCCGAAGCACUCCACGCAAAUAACCAUGGAUACCGGAUCGGAUAUGGAUAAAAUGGAAUCACAGGAGAAGUUUAUACAAGCAUGGAAAGCAGCUUACGAAGCGGGGCCACCUACGGGUCGCGAUGGAUUCGGUCCGGCCUAUCCGUUCCCUUUACCCGGCCAAAUGCCUCCUUUCAUCAACCCCGCAAUGUUGCUUCCCGGUUUUCCCCCGGGACCGGUUAUGGCACCGUUCCAAUCCGGUCUAGGCCCGAACCCGAUGAUUCAUCCACAAUUGAACUACAUGCUUCCUUUGUCCCAUGGAUUAGAAUCAUCCGUUAGUAUGGGGAAGAGUAUCACCAGUGAUAACCCCCGAACGCAAAACGGACAAAUUCAAAGUGAACAGGAUGAGUCCAGUGAUAUGCUGACCAAGUCCAUGGUUCAGUCUGCAUCCCCGAUUGACGAAAAGCACACAGAUUUGAAGUUACACUUGCCUCUCAAUCUGUCACUGAAACCGUCUUCGACUCCGCUGAAAAAGCGUCACGUUAAAUCAACUCCGGACGAGACAGGCACACGAUCAAGCAAUGGAUCGAAACGUUUCCUUAUCCUCGGACAUUUGCGUCGAGCAAAACGUUUUUGUCUUCACUCGGUCUGGCGAAAACAACAAAAUCAAGCAGGCAAGCAACUGACCAGGAUAUCAUCCUCCCUUGUACCAGGCGGUCAAUCCAAAAGAAUUGGAUUUAAAGACGGUCGUCAGCCGUCACAAACUGCAUGUGCCACAGACCAAAUGCUAACAACAAAGACAACCAACACGUACCAGGCCAACCUGAUACGACAGUAUAACAUGAAUGGUGGUCCGAAUUUGCUCGCCGAUUCACAAAUGAUUUCUGGAUUCGACACCAUUCUCUCCUGUCCACUUUGCCCCUCAAUAAAUCCAAUCAAAUUCACCGCUCUCAACCCACUGCUACAACACAUUUCCCUCGUGCACGGUGGCCCAGGCCAACCCAUCAAUCCGAUCCCGGGUACAAAUGAUGACCGAACCGGUCAGAAUAAUUCCCGGUUCGUUUUCCCCACCACACAGAGUGAUCAAACAGUUCAGUCCAAUGCUUGUCCAUUUCAAGUGCAACAACUAGCAUCGAAUAACAACUUUUCCAACUCGGAGUGUAAAUCGCACAAUUUUCUGACCACGGACAACAAGCAACAGACCGAGCUGUCAGGAUCUGUCGGUUUGUCCGAAUCCAGUUUUGACUCUCCCGAAUCUGUGACCCAGUCCAACGCGACGACUACCAACAACAGCACCAACAACAGUACAAACAGCAAUACGCACUUACACUCAAUCCCAGUAUCAGCCACCCUACAUCGUCCAGUGUUCAUUCCAGUGAAUUCGUAUACGGAAACAUUGUCAACUAUUUGA